UCCUCAGCGUUUCGUCUCUUCUGGAAGGUCUGUUGUUGCAGUGCAGUUGCACUAGUUAUCUGCGGAUCUUCUGUUGCUUUACGUUCCUUCCCCACAAAAGUACAUCUAAUUAUAGCAGCUUUAUAGCAGAUUUGAUCUCGCUGAGGUCCUCAGUCAUGUCUUCGCCGGUGGAAAUGACAGAGUUGUAUGACAACGCGCUGCUCGGGAUCCUGCAACAUGUUGGAAACAUUCAAAAUUUCCUGCAGGUUUAUUUCGGGUUUCUCUACAGAAAGACGGACUUCUACCGGCUUCUCAGCGGCCCACACGACCGCAUGGGUUUCCCACCGGGCGUAGCGGAAAAAAUGGUGUUCAAGACGUUUAAAUUAUUUGAAAAGCUGUCAGAGCAGGACAGAGAGAGAGCAGUGUCCCAGAGGACAGAUGAGACUAAAGCAGCCCCUCCUGCAGUAGAGGAGCUGGAGGUUCAGUCUGAGCAGGAAGCUGAAGCUCCUGUGGAGGAGAUUAGAAGCACAGAGGAGCCCACACCCUUCACAGCCCCAUCAGAGCCGAGCACAGAGGCAGGUAGAGAGGCUCCACACAGCAGUACAGCUGAACCUGCAGGAGAGGGACAGACAGCGGCAGCCUCAGCAUCAUCAAACACAGACUCGAGCACAGCCAAAGCGGGGCAGGAAUCCUUUCAGUCCAACCCAGACAGUUACAAUGGCGCCAUCAGGGACAAUUACACUUGGUCGCAGGAUUACAUGGAUGUGGAAGUUCGAGUACAUGUCCAGCCGAACAUCGUUAAAGGGAGACAGGUGUCCGUGGAUCUGCAGCCGGGGAGAGUUCGCGUGGCUGCGAACGAGGGAGGGACGCAGCGAGUCCUGAUGGAAGGCGAAUUCACUCACAAAAUUAACACUGAGAAUUCCUUGUGGAGUUUGGAGCCAGGCCACUGUGUUGUGCUCUCCCUUAGUAAAACCGGGGAAGUUUGGUGGAGCGCCGUGCUGAAAGGUGAGACUGAGAUUGAUGUAAACCAGAUCAACCGGGAACGCACCAUGGCAACUGUGGAUGAGGAGGAACAUGCCGUCCUGGACCGCCUGAGCUUCGAUUACCAUCAAAAACUCCAGGGGAAGCCACAGAGCCAUGAAAUGAAAGUCCAUGAGAUGUUGAAGAAAGGCUGGGAUGCAGAAGGAUCUCCGUUUAAAGGACAAGAGUUUGAUCCCUCCAUGUUUAACAUCCCUCCCAGCGCUGUCCAGUUUUGAGAUGUCAGAUGCAAGCACAUGCAAACACACACUGAAAUGCACAGAGUGCUGCCGGCAGUUUCUUGCGGUGCUUCAAAACGAACAACAUCAACAGUGUGUCUGCACUGCAAACACCCUCAUGCCAAACUGAUUUGCUGACACUGAUCAUUGAAUGAAUUAUUUUGGAGUUUGAGCCAUUGAUCCUUCAUGAUGUUUGUGUUUUAUGAAAUCUGUGAUCAUUUCAUUUGUCUGGAUUCUGAUAAAAGGUUCAGGGCUUCUUAUUAUUUGUCUGUUGUUUGUAAUGGGAUAGUUCAUUAUUUACUCACCCUUGUUUUGUUCGAACACAAAAGAAGAAAUUAGUCACAGUGACAAUCUCAAGUCAAUAUUCGCUUUAUUUCUAUGGAACAAAUAUGCAACGGAAUUGAAUGGUGACUGAGGAUGACAUGCUGCCUAGCAUCUCCUUUUGUGUUCCACUGAAGGAGGAACGACAUGAUGAACAGAGGUUGAACUAUCCAUUUAAGAUUUCAGUUAUGAUCUAGAAAUGAACAACACCAUAAUAAAUAUUUCAGCGGCUUUUUAAUCCGAUAUGAUGAAAAACUUUUGCAUGUUCAGAGUGUAACGUUUGGUAAAUGUUCAUUUUUUUUUUCCCCUCAUUUGCUUAAGUCAUAUUUUUGGUUUAACAUCUGUGCCUGAAUAUAUUAAAAUGCUUUGCAAA